AACACUGUCAGUUUGUGGCUUCACUUUCCGAGGGCGAGGUGCGGGAUGUAUUUUUACGUAUUAUUUUGAUAACGUGAUAAAAAAACGCUAAAUCAGUGUUACAUUCUUUGAAAGUGCUCAAAUAUGUGUGGUGUCAGUGCAUUGUUAAAGUAUAGUUUGUUUAAAGUGUAGUGUCCAUCAUGUUUCGGUGUAUACCUUUGUUCAAAUGUAAUCGCCAAGUGGAAUGUGUAGACAAGCGGCAUUGCUCCUUGCCAACAGUACCUGAAGAAAUUUUGCGAUAUUCCAGGAGUUUAGAAGAAUUGUUUCUGGAUGCUAAUCACAUACGGGAUUUGCCGAAGAAUUUCUUCAGACUCCACCGAUUGAGAAGACUAGGACUUAGUGAUAAUGAAAUACACAAACUUCCAUCAGACAUACAGAAUUUCGAAAACUUGGUUGAACUUGAUGUGUCACGAAAUGACAUCCCGGACAUCCCCGAGGACAUCAAGAAGCUGCGCGCGCUGCAGAUCGCGGACUUCAGCAGCAACCCCAUCCCGCGGCUGCCGGCCGGGUUCAGCCAGCUGCGCGCGCUCACCGUGCUCGGCCUCAACGACAUGUCGCUCACCAGCCUGCCCAGUGAUUUCGGCAGUCUGAUGUCGCUGCAGUCGCUGGAGCUCCGGGAGAACCUGCUGAAGUCCCUCCCGGAGUCGCUUAGGAACCUCACGAAGCUGGAGAGGCUCGACCUGGGAGACAACGAAAUCGAAGAGCUGCCGGGCUUCAUCGGCGAGCUGCCAGCGUUAGAAGAGCUCUGGCUGGACCACAACAAGCUGCAGUACUUACCCCCAGAGAUCGGCAACCUCAAGGCUCUCAUAUGUCUGGACGUGAGCGAGAACAAGCUGGAACGACUGCCGGAGGAGAUCGGCGGUCUGACGUCACUGACGGACCUCCACCUGUCUCAGAACAUGCUGGAGACUAUACCUGAUGGGACGGGCGAUUUGGAGAAGCUCUGCAUUUUUAAACUAGACCAGAACAGGUUGCAUACGCUGAAUGAGAGUGUUGGCAGGUGCACAAGUCUCCAAGAGCUGAUCUUAACGGAAAACUUCCUGAUGGAGCUACCACACACGAUAGGAAACCUGCAAGAACUGACAGUACUUAAUGUAGAUAGAAAUUCACUCGGCGAGAUCCCGCUAGAGAUAGGCAACAUGGGUCUGCUGGGGGUGCUCAGUUUGAGGGAUAACAAGCUGACGCGGCUGCCUAAUGAGCUGGGCAACUGUAAAUCUUUGCACGUGCUCGAUGUCAGUGGGAACAGACUGCAAUACCUUCCAUACACACUAGUGAACCUCGAAUUAAAAGCCGUGUGGCUCUCAGAGAACCAGGCGCAGCCUCUACUGACCUUCCAGACUGAUAGAGACGAGACGACAGGAGAGAACGUUCUCACUUGCUUCCUACUGCCACAGCUGAGCUACACUCAGCAGCCAGAGCUGGAACACGCGGACGUGGGCAGCUGCCACUGGCUCAGGGAGCACAGGUUUAAUUCACAGUCGCAGGAGCUAGAUAGAAUACGAGAAGCAAGCGGGUCCCGCGAACAAGACUCUGACAAUGACUCCAACUGGGAGGAGAAGGAAGCUUCCAGAACACACUCCGUCAAGUUCAAGGUCGACGACUCAGAGGCCAAAGAGACGCCAUUCGUCCGUCAAAACACGCCGCACCCCAAGGACCUCAAAGCCAAGGCUCACAAGCUACAGCUGGGCCGGUCUCCAGAAGCGACGCAGGUGGAAGCCAGCCACGUGAAUGGUCUACCCACGUCGCCACCAGAGGUCGUCACUGCUGUGCCGGAGAAGAUUGAGGUUGUUGAGCCUAAAGCCAACAACAUCGCACCACCUCAACCCGAGCCGACAGCCGCCGAAGACAGCGACCGCGCGCCGAGCGCCACCGAACGAGAGUCCGACUACGAACACGAAGACAUGGACGACUCCGCUGAUGAAAGAGAGAUGGAGGAGGGCGAGGGACGGCGCGUGGCGUGGCGCGCCGGCGUCGAAGAGCCUCAGGUCGGGCCGCGCCUGCAUCGCCGCGACACCCCGCACCAUCUGAAGAACAAGAGGAUCAACCAGCUCGACGCGAGCCGCGCCCGGGAUAUCAUAGCUCAGGCGAUAAAGAAACGCGACCAGCCCGAGCGGGAGGAGGCCAAGACUGAUGAUGAUGAGGAGCUGGCGGAAGACACGCACGAUGGUGAAUCCGUGAUAUCUGAGCGCGCGGACAGCGAAGCUCGCGUGGUAAGCGACCAGCGAUGCAUCGAGGUCCGCAUAGCGCGAGCUGCCGGCGGCCUCGGGCUCAGCAUAGCUGGCGGCCGCGGCUCCACGCCGUACGUCGGCGACGAUGACGGCAUCUUCAUAUCGAGGGUCACGCCGAACGGGCCGGCCUACCUCGCCGGGUUGAGGGUCGGCGACAAGGUGCUCUCAGUGAACGGCACGUCGGUGGUGGAGGUGGACCACUACUACGCCGUGGAGGUGCUGAAGGCGAGCGGCGCCGCGCUUACGCUCGUCGUCACCAGGGACUCGCCCAACUCCACCAGAACCCACAGCAGGGCGCCGAGUGGCGCGAGCCAUCACUCUGUGAGUACUACGGACACCGUGUCUACGUUGGAGAAUGGACAGAUCCCAACCGGCCGCGGCGUGCCCAAGAAGAACCUGAUCAUCAGCAACCAAUACGCGCAAGACUACGAGGCCAACAUCAAGGAGGUGAUCAGCUCCGCCACGCCGCUGGUCAUCACGAGCCAGGCCAGCCAGCCGCCGGUCAACUUCAGUGGACAGGACAAUAGGCUGUCGCAAGCGUCGCCCACGCCGCCGGUGCAGCCUUAUGUUCCGCCUACGUACCAACAAAAGAUCCUAGUCCACACAACUCUAAUCCGCGACGGGGCGGGCCUGGGCUUCAGCAUAGCCGGCGGGAAGGGCUCCCCUCCGUACAGAGAGGACAGUGACGCCAUCUACAUAUCCCGCAUCUCACCGCAAGGCGCCGCGGCUAAGGAUGGCAAGAUGAUGGUCGGGGAUAAGGUUGUUUCGAUCAACGGCGUGGACAUGGAGAGCGCGCGGCACGAGGCGGCUGUCGCGCUGCUCACGGGGCACGAGCGGUUCGUGCGGCUCGUGCUGCAGCGGACCGUCACCGGCGAAGCAGGACAAACGCCGCCAAGGAAAUCGACAUCAGAAGAAGUGAGAGAGCCAAUCAAGACGAGCGUGCCUUUGAAUGCAGUGCCGAAACCGACGGCCAAUCACGUCGCACCCACCGCACCGUCCACCAAUCACAACGCACCGAAAGUGUCGCACAUUACCGCACCGAAACAAACGAGCUUUGCACCGCCCCCCACUGUCGUGCCACCGCAGCCGGCGCCCAGGAAACUGAGCCAAACAAAUGGGCAGGCGUACCCGAAGCCAGCCACUAACAGCACCAACACGCCAGCCGCCAAUAACGUCCAUAGCUCAGCCGACGACGUGUUCGAGGAUAUCCAGCCGCGGCCGAUCACGAACGAGGACUUCGUCGCCAUGAUACCGGCGCACUUCCUGGGCGGUCCGAGGCGACCGUCGCCGUCGGUGGCCGACGGCGGAGUGCGGGUGACAGUGGAGCGGCCCGGCGCCGGCGUGGUGCUCCCCCCGCCCCCCUCCGCGCUCGGCCGCGUCACCGAGACCAUCACCAAGUCGACCUUCACCGAGACGACGGUCACACGCAUCACGGACAACCAGCUGGUCGCGCCCGUGAUUGUCGAAGAAGUUUCACUACUGAAGGAAGGCGGGUCUCUAGGGUUCAGUAUCAUCGGAGGCACGGACCACUCGUGUGUGCCCUUCGGAGGAAAGGAACCCGGGAUAUUCAUAUCACAUGUGGUGCCCGGAGGCGUGGCGGCGCGGUCAGGGAAACUCCGCAUGGGUGACCGUCUCGUCAAGGUAAACGGCAACGAGCUAACUGGCGCCACCCACCGGGACGCUGUCCAGUUGCUGCUCCAGCCAGGGUCUACUCUGACGCUGUCCGUCCGGCACGACCCACUGCCGCAGGGCUUCCAGGACUUGACGAUCGUGAAGCAAGAGGGCGAGAAGCUCGGGAUGCACAUCAAGGGCGGCCUGAACGGGCAGCGCGGGAACCCCAACGACCCUAAUGAUGAGGGCGUCUUCAUAUCCAAGAUCAACAGUGGAGGGGCGGCUAGGAGGGACGGUAGACUGAAGGUCGGCAUGCGUCUACUAGAAGUCAACGGCGUCUCCCUCCUAGGAGCCACCCACAACGAGGCGGUGAACGCGCUGCGCUCGGCCACGCACGCGCCGCUGCACCUGGUCGUGUGCCACGGCUACGCACGCGCCGAGAAGUACACUACCGGCAGCGAGAGCGGGACAGCUGAUACCGGCGGUUCUCUGUCGCACUCAACGUCGAGCCUGGAUCGGGAAGAAACGCUGAACCAUUCACAGCAGCAGGAACAGCAUUUCCAACAGGACUUAGUUGAGUAUGAACAUGAGAAGGAAGUCGCCGAAAUCAGAGGAAAGACCACUCCUGAAAAGGUGCUAGACAUAGUGCACGCGGUGGAAACCAUGGCUCUGGAGCCUGCGCCACCCACGUCGCCAGAACCGCACCACAAGACUACCACCGUCGUCAUGAGCAAACACACACUCCAACCUCAGUCGUCUAGUACCGGGGCGCCCCCGUCGCCGCUCCCCGCGCCCUCGCCGCCCGCCGCCUCGCCCGCCCCGCCGCCCCCGCCCGCCCCCGCCGUAGCCAGGAAGGCCCCGCCCCCACCGCCAGCCAAACCCAAACCCCAAGUGCCGCGCAAACCGCAAACGAAACGAGUUAGUUUCACGCAAGACGACCAAAGAAAACCCACCCCGCCGCCGCAUGAAGAGACGAAGCUUAAAGAUACCAAAGAUACUAACCAAGCAUGCGGGAAGCCCGGCUCUCCACUAAUCCGGCCGACGAACGCGCCCCCCGCGCCCCCCGCCGUCCCCGACGUCAUCAUCCCUCCUCCGCCCCUGUUCGAUACGAACGUAAGUGAGGCCGCAGUGCUGCCCCCUAUCACCGUGGUGCCGCAGCGGCUAGUGCUGCCCGCGCCCGCCGAGCCCGAGCCAAGCGUGCAGUCCACCGGCUCCACCACCUCCCCCGAGACUGAGCUGCCUCCGCCCGUCAACUAUAGCGCUCAUCCGAUAGUUGCCUCUUUAUCUGUCCCUCUGGAUGCUUCCCACCCGGUCAUAUCCGAGGUGCCUCCCACACAACUGUUCCGGCAUAGCGGGCCGGACUCCCUCUGUAGCGAGGAGUACCGUGAACUCUGUGCCAGCCCCCGCCUCCCGGCUGACCCGCCGGAACUAUUGCACGCGCACUACGGAACCCUGCCCACCGUGUCGCACGUGCCCCGCUCCCCGUGCUACCUGCACCCCGACCAAACCUUCUCCGAGCCGGAAUACUACGUCCCCUCACCCAGAUUCUUCUCGGAGAGCCACGAGAAUCUUCCAAAGAGUGUGACCGCAAAUAUGGUGCAUUCGGCGACGUAUCCGUCGAUAAAUCCGUACCCUUGUUUGACGACAGUCGCGGGCACGUACAACCCGUAUACCUGCGAGCAUCACGUGUGCGCCGCCCGCGCCCCUCUAGUCACUUCCUCGUCCCCCGACCCUCAUGGUGCCAAAACUGAGAGAAGAGUCCGCUUCGGCGAAGCGGUGGCCACCGAUCUCUCGAACAUUCCAGAAGAGCUGGCGAGGCCCGCCUGGAGCAGCCAAAUAAAAGCCUUCGCCAUCGGCGAGGCUUCCCCACCUCAUUCUGGGAAUUUAGUGAAAGCGUCUGUUAGCGAUAAGAAAAAGUUCUUCGAGAAUGCCAUGGAAGAAAGUCACAAACCUUCAGCUAAGCAAGACAAAGUAUUCACGUUCCUAUCAGCGGAUGAGGUGGAGAAAUUGAAGCAGGAAGAGGAACGGAAGAUGGCGUCCAUGACCCGCAGCGAGCUGUCUUGGUCCGGGGAGGACCACGAGCCCAGCGGCGACUCCGACGACGAGCCGCGCGAGAACGGACACAGUGUGUCUUCAGCCAGCCCGUCAGCCAAGUCGAGCCGGCGGCGCGGCGACCCGGCCGACGCCGCCUCCCGCGCCGCGCGCCGCGCCGCCUGGCGAGCCGCGAGGCUGCGCUCGCUUGAACAGGAGGCGAUCCAGUCACAAAUGAUGAUAAAGAACAUGGUGGGCCCCGCCAACGACAUCAUCGGCGAGUCCCAGCGCCGCGACCACUCGCCCUCCGAGCAAUGGCCCCUGCCGCGUAUCGCGUUGCGUACAAAGCCGGGCCAGAUACUCGCCGUCAAGGAAAAAGAGAAACUGUUAGACGAGCGAAUAACGUUCCGAGCCGAGGAGUAUGUUUGCCCGACCACCGGCGAGACCAAACUACGAACCGUCGAGUUGAUCGAAAAACUUAUCGAGAAAGAGGUGGAGACCACGCAAGAGAAGAUCAUAUCCCUCGAACUGACCACCAGCCCUAGCAGCGAGACGGCCCCGAGCGAGCUCGACGGCGCAAUGAGCCUGGGGGAAGGGGAAGGGGAGGGCGAGGGGCACUCUCUUCAGCCAGAUAUAGUGCAAGUGGUCAACCCGCUGCUUGACGGGGGGGCUGGUCAAGUGACGGCUAUAGCUGUGGGACCAUCGGAGCGAGUGACGACAUACACUGAAACCGCGCAGUGAAGGGAACAACUGCCGCAAUCUCCGCAUGUUUGCUAUUGGUUACAUUGAUUAUAACUACCGAGUAGAGUGGCAAUUGCUGGCCGCUCAUUGGUCGAGGAUCGGCAUGUGUCACUCUGCACGGUAGGUGUAACAAGGGUAGUAGGGUGGUCUGAAUUGGACCAAUAAGAACUCGACAGUAGAUUUCUUCAAUACGAACCACGAUAUUUCCAUAUUUGUUUUGUUUGUCGUAAACUGUGAUAAUAAGUUUAAAAUUCCACCGACUUAUUUUUAUUAUGAUGAUGAUUGUAGAACUGCAUGCGUUGAAGAAAUGUACUAGCGAGCGGCUGAAGGCAUUUUUUAUUUUAUCGCAAUCACAAUUUUAUUUUUCUAUUUCAAUUUUGCAACGGAGAUUGUAGUUUUACUUGUAGACAAUUAUUAUGCUAUUUUGAUAAAUGUUUUAUUCUUUAAAUACUUUACGUAUUUUGAUUAUUUCCAUUCCGUGCGAGUUUUUUAAUGUUUUGACUAUUUCUUGGAUAAACUGUGUUUUAAGUAUUUAUUGAUGCUGUACCUGGUAAGAGAAGAUGUAUGGAAUACGACUGGAUAGUUGACAUUUUGAGAUUAUAUGAAAUGUACAUACUACGUCAUAAAACACAAGAAUGUAUGUUCAAGGAGAUAAUUAGAUAAAUUAUGUACAAAUGAAAAUUUGCAUCACAUUUUGAAGGACGUGACAUAGGUACCUAUUGUGUAAUGGUUGAGCUUAUUCAUAAUAAAUUAAUAAAUAUUAAUUUCUAGAUUACUUUAAUUACAUACAUUUUAACUGUGAAGUGUUAAAUUACAUGCGGUAUUUUUGUUUUACUGAUGUAUUACGUUUUGAUAUAAUUUUACUAGUUUUUAUUUUUUAUGUAUGUGGUGCCUUAAUUUUUUCUCAAAUGGAUUUAUUUAAUGUUAUGAUUCAAUUCUGAUUGUGUUUUUACGUUCAAUUUAAGUUCUGUGUAUCCAUGCGAGUACCUACUUAAUGAUAUUGUGAUUGUAGCCUUAUUUCUAUAUACAUUUGUAUGUGAAGGCAUUUAGUUUUAUUAUUUUGAAAUAUAUUGACUAUUUAAACAAAUUGUAAUCCGUGCGUGUUAUCUCGAAAUAUUGUACAUUUUCAUCACUUUUUGUAUCAAAAGAAAUUGUAUUCUUCAGUGUUUAAUGUAAUAAUUAUAACGAAUAGAGCGAACGAUUUUGUAUUGGAUUGUAUUGAAGUGGCGACCGGAUGAAUCAUUUAUGGUAUGCGUGUGUCCUUUAUACAUAGUAAGACCCUUAGAUAUGUGAACUGUAAACUAAUGAAAAUAUUGUAUGUUUGUCCCAAUUAAAUGGUUUAAUAUAUAUUUUAAUAAAAUUA